AUGAUUUCCGUUAACGGCCGUUUGUUCGAGUACGACUCGCGCCUCACUGCAUUUGAGUUUGGAAAUGUGCGACAUCCCAACGUGUUGAUAUUUGUAGGCGGUCUGACCGAUGGGUUUCUGACGGUCCCCUAUGUUUCGACGCUUGCUGAAAAAUUGGCUAUUUGCAACUGGUCGGUGAUCCAAAUUCUGCUUUCAAGCUCCUAUACCGGCUAUGGAGCCAGUUCGCUAGCACAGGAUGCCAAGGAAAUCUCGAAACUGGUAGCUGUACUCAGAAGUUCUGAUUCUGAAAAUGGAAACAGGAAAAAAGUAGGUGUUUUGGGCCAUUCUACUGGAAGUCAAAACACCCUUUACUACCUUUCUAAACAUGAACAAAGUGCUGAAACGAGCAUUGACUUUGGAAUUCUGCAAGCUUGCACUUCUGAUAGAGAAGCGCUAUUGCAAUUCAUGGACCCGGUGGUGAUGGAGAACAGCAUCAAAAUGGCCAGAGAUCUAAUUGAUAAAGGGAACGGAAAGCAAUUCAUGCCAUAUGAACUAUGUCCAGAUGUGUUUGAGUCCCCGAUCAAUGCUUACAGGUGGAACUCAUUGGCUUCAGAGCGCGGCGACGAUGACUUUUUCUCUAGCUAUCUGGGGCUCGAGGACCACAGGAACACGUUUGGUAAGGUAAAUCGGCCGCUGCUUGUUCUCUACAGCGGGAAGGACGAAACGGUUCCCACAAAUGUCGACAAAGAAGCGGUUAUGGAAAAGUUCAAGGCUGCAACUCACCCUAAAUGGUGGUCUCCUUUGAGCACUGUGGUGCCAGGGGCAUCCCAUAAUUUGGGCCCUGAAAGCUCAGAGGGAGCUACAGAUAUGGCAUUGGGAUUGAUAGUGGAGUUCGUCUCCUCAAUAGAAUAG